AUGCCUAAGCACACCGGCCGGGUCUUAGAAGAAAGUUCCCCAGUGCCGCUGGAGGAUCUGGACGAGCGGCCUUCGAAGCGUGCCCGCCGGAGCUUGGUAGCCUGUGUGAGAUGUCAUCAGCACAAGGUGAAAUGCUCCGGGGGCAUUCCAUGCCACAACUGUGCUCAGCAGCCAGAAGGCAGCGUCGAGUGCGUUUAUCCACUGAGAGACAGAAAGAUCCUGGUUCAAGAGAGCUAUUUAAAUUUGCUGAAGAAAGAGAAUGAACUGUUGAAGCAGGGCAAGAAGCUCUCAGAAGAAGACGCAGCCAACCAACAAGCGCAACCCACGCCCGAGGGCGAUGACGAAGACAACAUUAGAGAUAGCCAGGGAAACCUGGCAAGUAAUGCGGACGUGGACCUCAAAAAUCCCUUGAUGGAAGACAAGGCCUGGUUUGUGCCGGACAAUGCAUCUUGGCAGCCCAUCUACAUCGGCGAGGCAGCAUGCACUGCCUUUGGCACCAGACUGCGGCAGUUCUUGCAUGGAAAUGAGCCGGUGGCACCGCUUUCACGGUCAAAAUACUCCAAACACAAGGCGUUUCUUCGAAUGUCAGCUCCAAGGGUCCAACUGCCCAAUCGUGCUUAUGCACAUCUUCUGCUCAAGGUGGCUUUACGGUUUUUAGGCAAUGAUUACCAUUUGAUGCUACGGAAGGCGACUAUUGAACGGAUGGACCAAGUCUAUCGCACUCAGUCCCUCGAUGAUACAGUAUUUCUUUGCAAGAUCUUUGCGCUUUUCUCUAUGGGCGAGAUGUAUUCCAAUCGACGGUUGCCGUCAACCAGAGAUUCCGAUAUACCUGGUACUGGCUUCUUUCUUCAGGCAAUGAGCCUUACCCAGGAUCUGCACGAAGAAGCUUCUGUUGCAUAUGUCGAAGCUCUCUUAAUCAUUUCUCUGUAUUCAUUGGCGCUCAACAGAACUAAAUCUGCAUACACGUAUGCUGGAAUGGCACUUCGCUUGUGCCUUACCUUGGGUUUACAUCACAACCUUCCAGACGGGUAUGCUAUUUCCGCUGUUGAGAGGGAACAUAGAAUACGGAUUUGGUGGAGCGUGUACAUCACCGAUCGCAUCACUAGUUCUAAAUUGGGUCAUCCAGUCACUAUUCAUGAUCGUGACAUCGAUGUCGAUCUGCCGUCAAUGAACAAUCUUACGCCUAGCGAGCAAGAAGAGUUUUGCGACCCGUCUCACCUGAUUGCACACGUCAAGCUGGCCAAGAUUACUGGGGAGAUUAUCUCUGACAUCUAUGGUCGCUCCAGUCAAGCCAAGGCUUUUGUGCAGAGUGUGCAAAAGAUACUUCGCAGUCUGCGGUCAUGGGCCGAGACUUUGCCGGAAAGCGUCCAGAUUUCACAUAGUAAACCAUUGAAGUAUGCUUCGAGGAAUGUAGCCUCGUUGCAUUUGUGUUUCAAUCAGUGUGUUAUACUUACGACCCGGCCUAUUCUAUUCCAUGUUUUCAAAUCUUGCUUCCAAGCCCAGGGCGCACCAACUGCGUCGCCCACCACUAUGGCACUAGCGGAUGCCUGUGUUCAUGCAGCGCGCAGCUCCAACAGUCUACUCACACAACUUUGGAUUGACGGUGGCAUGGCGAUCUUUGGAUACUUUGAUUCCCACUACCUCUUUUCGUCCACCAUAAUUCUCAUGAUGUCGAGCAUUCUCGGCACCACUAACAGCGAGACCGACCGAGAAGCCGUUGAGACGGCAACCGACAUCAUGGACUCUCUUGUGAAAGAUGGAAAUCUGCCCGCGGCGGGAUUCUAUCAGCAUUUCCUUGAGAUGCGCAAAGUACUUCUCGAGUUCAUUGAUCGCGGCGGUCAUCAACCGGGGCAGACGAUGGAGCAGCAGACAACUGCUGCUGUGGGCGAAGUUGGUGCUGCAGGCGCUGGACCGAUGAAUGAUAGCAACAGUGCAUUCUUGGUACAGAGUGCUCUGGAUGAUCCUUCUAUUCAAAAUUUCUUGACCCAGCCGGACAUUCAAUGGGGGGUUCCCAGCGGGGUGGACAUGGCGGGGGACAUGGCAUUGACGGCGCCGUGGCUGUUUGAAUAA